AUGUCCCUCCUCUCGAAGGAGGAACGCGUCGCACCACCUCGAGGAGGAUGGGACUGUCGAGAAUUCACCCACCCUUUCUCCAAUCUUAACAACACGAAUGCUCGCUUUCAUGCGAGAGAAAAGAACGACGACGUGAACGCGCUCGAGGACGCUCGAGGGAACGAACGUUUAGAGGAAACGAUGGAGGAUGACGACGACGAGAAGAAUGCUUUUAAAGAGCAUCACAACGCGCGCGACGACGAUGUUAUGUACGACGAAGAGGAAGAGGAGUAUAUAUCUCGCGCACCGAACGCGCUCGUCAUCGCGCCGACGAGUUCGCGAGACUGUGGGGUGACCGCCUCCUUGUUGUUCGCCAGGUGCGCGCGAGAGUGCGUGUGCGAAGACGAAGACGAAGAGGAAGACCAAGACCAAGAAGGAGAGCGAGAAAACGCGUUCGUGGAAAACGAGGAUAUCAACGAGAACAGCGCGAGAAGAGAAAGUUUGAGGAGGAAGGAAAAAGAUUCCGGCGCUUCCGGAAAGGCGUUCUUGCCGAGAGCGUUGUUCGUGUGCCGUCGAGACGCGUUGGAAUCGGAAACGUUCGCGGCGCCGAGCAUUUAUGCGAACGAGAGUCACGACGACGACGGCUUUGUGGAUGCGAAAGGCGCGAAGAAGACGAAAAAUGUUUUGUCGACGAGGACGUGGGUGCCGUCCGAAGAAUACAUCACGACGAGAGCGGCGAAAAGGGUAUCCAUUAAAUACGCGUCGACGGAUGAGGACGUGGUGAAGAUUAUGUCCGCGUUGCACGUUUUGCCGGUUGAAGAGUUGCCGAAUCUCAUCGCCGUGUGCGACGUUUCUGCGUUUUCCGAUCGAUACGGUGGAAGCGGCAUGGGAGGAAAUCGAGAGCGAACGGCGGCGCACGCGAGAGUGUGCGCGGCGAUUGUAGAGGCUGCCAGGUACUCUACGAUGGCGAAACGGAAAGCGACGAUGAGAAGUCACCGCGACGGGUGGCGAAGUCGAGCGCCCGCGCGCUGUAAAGUCGUCGUCUCGGAGAGGAAAGAUGACAUGGAAGAUGCGAACAUGUUGGCCAAGAAAGAUUGGCAACACGAUGUCGGCAUGGAUGCGAUGAUGACGGGUGGCGUGGAAACUAAAUAUUAUAAUCGCAACGCGAAUGUGGGUACCGCGGCCAACACCAAUUUCCAUCCUUUAACGUACGCCACGAAGAGGUGGUUCGAGAGGGUAUUCGUCGUCCGAAAAAAAUCCGGGUACGAAGAAGAGGUUGUCGAAGUAGGAAAAAUAGGAGGCGGGGCGUACGAGGUCAUCGAUUGCGCGACGGGCGCGAAAUCGACGCACAUAGCGACUCUCGGAGUGAACUAA